AUGUCGAAUCCCGAGAAGUCCCAGGAGGGAUACCAGCAGCUGGGCCACUACCAGCAGGGCGACUUUCCGCCUCCCCCGCCUGGCCCUCCGCCCGCUCAAUCGCAGUAUCCUGAGCAGCAUCAGUACGCGCAACCGCCGCAGUACGACCAGCAGCAGCAGCAGCAGCAGCAGCAGCAGCAGCAGCAGCAUCAACACCAAGAGCAGCCGCCUCAUUAUCCCCCGCCACCCGGGCAGGCAGAGCAACAGUUCCCGCCCCCUCCCCAGCAGCCGCACGACCAGCAGCAGCAGCAACAACAACAGUACGCGAUCCCGGCGUACAACCCCGCAGCGCCCACCUUUGCCCCUCCUCCCACGGAGGCAUCCGGCGCACUUCCAUCUGAGCCGGUCGCCGGUGCCGCCGCCGCCGUGUCGUCGCAACACCAACCUGCGUACACGUCCGAGCAUGAGCAGCAACAGCAACAGCAUGGACACGUCAAAAAGUCGGGCUGGAGCGAGCGGUUCUCGCAUCUCGGCGCAAAGGCGGCCGCGCCAAUAAACAGUCUGGCGCACAAGCUGGGCAGCCAGAGCUUCCUCCCCGAGCCCUUGGACAAGGAAUGCGACAAGGCAGCGGCGAUUCUCAGGGCAUUCUGCAAAAAGGGCGUGUACGCAGACCCCGGCGCCGGACAGCCUCCAACCUCAACCAACGCCAAUGCGACCGAGUCGACGGGCGGCGUCAUCGACCCGACAAAAGAGAAGCCCAAGAACCGCGUGCUCGUAACGAUUCCGCCCAAGGUCAUCUCGCGCGCCGUGGGCCUCGCCAUCUUCACCACCCUGCGCGCCGGGUUCCAGUUCUCUGGUGCGACUGGCUCCGGCAUCUUGAUCGCGCGGCUGCCGGACGGCUCGUGGGGGCCGCCCUCGGGCAUCCAGGUCCACUCUGUCGGCGGCGGGUUCCAGAUCGGCCUCGACAUCUACGAUUGCGUCUGUGUCAUAAACAGCAAGGAGGCACUCGCGGCUUUCACCAACACGAGGGUGAGCCUGGGGAGCGAUCUGACUGUCGUGGCUGGGCCGUACGGAGCGGGCGGCGCGGUUGACUUUGGAGCAUCUGUGGAUGACAAGAGUAAGAAGGAUGCUGCUGGUACGCCGACAGAUGCCUCGACUGCGCCGGGUCAGCAGCAGACGCCCGCUGCUCAGACACAGACGACGCUUCAGCCGGGCGAGGAUCCCAAGAAGAGCCAUCGCCGGAGCCUGAGCGCCAGCGCCUUCAAGCCCGUCUUCUCGUACGUCAAGUCGCGUGGCUUCUACGCGGGCAUCCAGGUGGACGGCACCGUCGUCGUCGAGCGCAAGGACGCCAACGCCGCAUUUUACGGCGCGCACGCCUCCGUCGACCAGAUCCUCAAGGGCCAGGUCCCGCAGCUGAACCCACAGGGCUCGGCUGCCAGCCUGACCACCUGGCCGGCCGGUGCGAAGACCCUUCUGGAGACCCUCAAGGGCGCGGAGGCGGGUGCUCUGGCUGGCACGACGACACCUCCGGUGGCUGGCGAGAGCGCGCACGCUGGUGUGCCACCCGCUGCAGGCUCUGUUGGGCUGGGAGGAGCACCGCCGGUGUAUCAAGAUGAUGGGAAGCAGCAUCCGGGUGUCGGGGAUGUCAAGUAUGCUUGA